AUGACGAGACUUACUCCAACACUGGCCACUAUGGCCAACCAACCUAUUCCCAUCAGGACAAGAAACAACAUGCCUACUGCCGCUCCUGCUGUUCAACCUUCCUCUCCUCCCUCGCCAAAAGAAGUACGCUUCUCAGAUACUUCUUCAAUCGUCACCGGCUUCUCAAGACCUCUAACCUCUGAGGAGGCAUGGCUCUUGUUCGAUUUUGAAACACACGCUCGUGAAUGUCGCCAAUGCAUUUCUCCAUACAAGCGAUGGCAAGCAGGUGCUCCGUUGUGCCACAAAGGAAACCACAUGUCGAAGCGCAUUGCCGAAACUAUCUACAUGCAGAAGGGCAAGAUCUUCGAAAGGUACACCCGUUUCAGAAGACCUUCGCAAGUCGAAAUCCCGCAUACAUACACCUACCUCCGAGAACAAUUGCGUGUUCUGGAAGAGUCUGCUGCCAUCCGUCACGCUCGCCGACAGGAGGAAGAACAAAGACCUCGUGUCAGAGUUCACAAUGAUAGCAACCGCCGCAACGAUGAACCCCACAGAUCCAGCAGCACUGAAGUCGUCAUUGAGGGAGCUCGCAGAGACAACCACCAUCGAAGAGACAGGUACCGUCAGGAGGAGCCUCGCGAGAGCAGAUAUCACGAUCAAGACCGCCAGCAUAGACACGGCUACAGAGAACAUCGCUCGGAGUACCGUCACGAAGACAGAAGGGAUCGGGAACGUCACCGAGCUGCAGAUGUGCAGGCAGAGAUCAACGUCCGCGAACAGAGGUACCGAACACAGGAGAGGAGACCCACCUGGGCGAAAGAGGAUUCGAGAGCACGCCGGUAG